AUGUCUGAUUCCAAGCCCGAUGAGAACAAUGGCGACCAGCGGUCUGCAACAGGCGAGAAGCAUCAAAUCGAGCAAGAAGCCCCCGAUGCAAAGCGCCCCAAGACGGAUGAUGAUGGCCAAACCACUCUUGAUGAUAUAGUGAUCAGGUCGGAUAAAGAUGAGAAGAAGGGCGAGUCCAACGAAGAGUCCAAGCAAGAGUCCAAGGACGAGAAAAAGGAUGCUGAAAAGCAAGAGGACGAUACUUCCAAAUCCACUGACAAACAAGACUCGACUGGCGAAGAUGCCGUACAACUUUCCAAGGAACCAGAUGUUCCCUCCAGCAUUCUGGAGAAGGGCAUCAUUUACUUCUUCAUCCGUGGCCGCGUAAACCUCCAAGACCCUGAAAGCGUCGACGACAUCGCCAGAUCUUUCAUCAUGCUACGUCCCAUUGCCAAAGAUGCUCGUCUCGGCGAUGGCGCCAUUGCCGACGCUGGCAACACCCGAAUUCUCGCUCUUCCCAAGAAGACCCUUCCCGAGAGCGGGAAAGAAAAAUAUAUGGUGUUUGUCGAGAAGUCUGGUGCUUCAUUUGAUGAGAUCAAGAAGGAGUUCUUGUCCGCGGACGAGUAUGAUACCAAGAGUGCCGGCACACGUCGCACACCACCUGCUAAGCCUGUCGGUGAGGGUGUUUACGCCAUCACAUCAACAGGCCGGGAGAGUCAUUUGGCCUAUUUGACUACCCUGCCCGAGAAGCUCGAUGAGGUUCAGAAGGAAUUGGGUCUCAAGGAGAAGGGAAGCUUUAUUAUCAGCACCAAGAACCCGCAAUUUCCGGGACCCCAAAACGCUCAAUUGCCCGAGGGACCUGGUUUCUCUAAGGAGAUUAUUGACGAGUUCCGUUCUCUCCGCUGGCUACCCUCCAAGCCAGCCCACUUCGACUAUGUCAACGCCCAGAUCCUUCUCAUUGGAGAGUCGGAGGGUAUUGAAAAAGCUGUUGAGCCCCAGAAGAAGGACCAGAAAGAUGGAAAGGAAGAGCCCGAGACGGUUCUUGAGCACCUCGAGGAUGACGACGUGAAGCGCAUGAAGCACCUUGCCAAUGAUCAGUCAGCUGCUAUCUAUGCCGACUUGCAUGUCCACGCUAAGGAUUAUCCCAAGUUACAGACAACUUUCUAA